UCGUAAAAUAACAAUAAAAAAAAUCUUUGAAGUAUUACAAACCUUUCUUAUUUGAAAGGAAAGGAUGAAAAUCAUAUUCUUCCCCCUUUCUUUUUCUUUUUGAAAUAUUGUCUAAAGAAAUGUAAACAGUCACGUCACAACUACCAGGCUACGUCACAACACGCUCGUUGCAUUUCCCGCUAAACUGGUUCCUACAUUGGCGAGAAGAGCAAGACAGUAAUCCUACGUAUUGACAGUGAACCAGAUAAGUUUUCCUUGUUUUCAAUAUAAAUUUUUUGAAAAUGUAUUCAGAUAUGCUGCGCUCGCCCCAACGGUCACACCGUAAUCAUAUUACUUUAACCAAUGAAAGAUGGUGAUUAUCGAUUUUUGUUUGAGCUAUUUUAUUAUCAAAUACUCAUAAACUUACUAAAAUUGUGUGUUCCAGCAGUUUGGGUAAUUACUUGAUGUCUGAUAAUAAUCCUUAGGCAAUAUAUGAAAGCAGCGAUAAGCAUCUGUACCCACCGCGUGUGGAGGAAAGUAUGUUUGCGUCUCACUGUGCGUAAGAGUUCCACAAAGGGAAAUAGCUAUUGGGCAACUCGGAAAUUGCGUGUUGAUGCGCACUUUGAUUGAAUUAAUAAUCUCUUCAAAUGAAUUAAUGAUCUCAACAAUUGAAUUGAUGCACGUUACAAUUCAAUUGAAGAGAGCAAUAAUUGAUAUAAUGCACGCAUUAAAUCAUUUGAUGAGAGCAAUAAUUGAUUUAAUGUACGCAUUAAUUGAAUUAUUGCUCUCUUCAAUUGAAUUAAUGAUAUCUAUAAUUCAUUUCAAGAGAGCAAUAAUUCAAUCUUCAAUUCAACAUAUCCACAAUUGAAUUAAUUAUCUCUUUAAUUGAAUUGUUGCUCUCUUUAAAAGAAUUGAUGCGCGCAUUAAUUCCUUAUGCAAAAAUAUUGUAAUUUGUUAAAGAUAUCUUCAAUUGAAUUAAAGAGAUCAUCAAAUUAUUUAUACCGAGCUAUAAAUUAAUUAUUGCGAGCAAUAUUUCUACGAAAUUUAUGCCCUGAUCAAUUGAAUUGAAGAGAGCAAUAGCUGAAUUAAUGAUCGCAUCAAAUCUAUUAUUGCUCUCAUUCAAUGAAUUGAAGAGAGUAAUAAUUGAUUUAAUGCGUGCAUUAUUUCAAUUAAAUUGAAUUGAUGUUAUCUUCAAAUAAUUGAAGAUAUCUUCAAUUAUUUGAGUUUAUGUUAAUUUGGCGCUCUAUUCACAUGUACUCUUUAAUAGUAAAUUCGAACCCAAGCAAUAUGAUUACCUGUGGCUGGAAAUGUGCUUCUGAUUAAUUAACACAUUUUGUACAAUCUAAAGUUUUCGUGAUUGUCUUUUUGGUUUAGAUGUCCAGUUUCAUGCUUUUACCGGUCAUUGCGUUGCUGACUCUCCCUGCCGCCUCCCUGGGGGCCACGGAGGGUCUGUCUGCCGCGGAGAGGGGUCAGUUCUAUAACAGCCAGAACCAAGGAGGGGAGGUCACUCUCACGGAAUACGACUCCUAUUAUGUUAUAGCAUCAAACGGACUUCCGGACCAUGACAUGGAAAAAGUUAACCCAUUAACGGCUACCGCCCAAGACUUCGAGUACACGUUCGACAAAGAGUUGGAGUUCGCGUGCACUCCCGCAAAUCUUCCAAAAGGAACGAUUGGAAUCACCAAGACUGGUGUCGCCCUCUACAGCCCUCUCACCAGUGCUGAUCUGAAUGCUGUGGAGGGAGACGAUUCGGAAACAUUUGACAGCUGUAACGGUCAUACGAAUGGCCAGGGAGUUUACCACUACCACCAGUCUCCAGGGUCCGACAACUGUGGGGACACAUACACUGCAGAGCAUGACCAGUUCAUUGGUGUCGCUCUCGACGGUUUUCCAAUUUACGGUCCAUACGCUUCCGACAAAGGCGAUGAACCUCUGAGCUCAGAUGACCUUGACAUUUGUCACGGCCGUAUGGUGGACGGGAAGUAUCGAUAUCACUUGACCUUUGACUUCCCUUAUGUGUUGGGAUGUUUCUGGGGAUCCGACGCCAGAACUAACCGAAAGGCAGUGUCGUAUGUUUGUGAUUUGGAGGUUGGGACCGAUCUUACCGAGUGGGGAUACUUGUGCAGCAAUGUCGACGAACGAGGAGUUGACGCUACCAUCUGUAACGAUUACCCCGGGACCGUAGACGUGACCACCACCACCAAUACGCGCAGAUCGAAGAACCCACGGAACAGAUAUUUUGGGACCAGACAAAAUAAACCCAACCCUGCUCGAGAGGCUCAUCUCAAACGGUGGCUCAAACAGCUUCUGGAGGAGACAAAAUGAAGCGGCUCUGUAUUUUAAUGAAAUAUUUUAGACCUCAUGUUUUAUAAGUGGCUAUAUUAAAUUUUGAACUCCAUAAAUCAAACAACAAUAGGUUUCCUCGGAUUGUAAAACAAUGCAUUAAAAAUAUCGUAAUUUUA